AUGGGUUGCUUUGGUUGUUGUGAGGACGAUUACAUGCAAAAGGCUGCUGAUAAUGGACCUUACAUGACAAAUCACUCAGCUGGCAACCAUGCGGGUUAUCAUGCCACAGAAACAGCACAAAAGGACAAACAGACUAUUACUGUCCUGCCGAUUGCUGUCCCUAGCAUUCCAGUUGAUGAAUUGAGGGACAUCACAGAUAAUUUUGGUUCAAAGUCUUUGAUCGGCGAGGGAUCAUAUGGAAGGGUAUACUAUGGAGUCUUGAGAAGUGGACAUGCUGCUGCAAUUAAAAAAUUAGACUCCAGCAAGCAGCCAGACCAAGAAUUUUUAGCACAGGUUUCUAUUGUUUCAAGACUAAAGAAUGAAAAUGCGGUUGAGCUACUUGGUUACUGUGUGGAUGGCGGUCUUCGUGUCCUGGCUUAUGAGUAUGCUGCAAACGGAUCUCUACAUGACAUUCUUCAUGGACGAAAAGGUGUCAAAGGUGCACAACCAGGUCCUGUGCUGACAUGGGCUCAAAGAGUUAAGAUUGCCGUGGGUGCUGCAAAAGGACUAGAAUUCUUGCAUGAAAAGGCAACUCCUCACAUCAUCCAUCGUGACAUUAAGUCCAGCAAUGUUUUGCUGUUUGAUGAUGAUGUUGCCAAGAUUGCCGACUUUGAUUUGUCAAAUCAAGCCCCUGAUGCGGCAGCUCGUCUUCAUUCUACCCGUGUUCUUGGGACUUUUGGUUAUCAUGCCCCUGAGUAUGCAAUGACUGGCCAGUUAAGUUCAAAGAGUGAUGUUUACAGCUUCGGUGUGGUACUUCUAGAACUCUUGACUGGCCGUAAGCCUGUUGAUCAUACAUUGCCCAGGGGACAGCAGAGUCUCGUGACAUGGGCAACACCAAAGCUCAGUGAAGAUAAGGUGAAGCAGUGUGUUGAUGCUAGACUAAAUGGAGAGUACCCUCCUAAGGCAGUUGCAAAGAUGGCUGCAGUUGCUGCCUUGUGUGUGCAAUAUGAAGCUGAUUUCCGUCCUAACAUGAGCAUCGUAGUAAAAGCACUCCAGCCUCUGUUAAAUACACGGUCUGGGCCUCCUAAUGAAACAUCAAGCUUGUGA